AUGAGAAGAAGCGACAAGGAGACUGAAUUUUCUACUGCGCGAGAGAAGAAGUCGUUUGGAAAAAUUUCCUUUUUAUGGACUUCAGCGAAAAAAAAAUGGAAAUUGAAUGGGAAAAGAAAAGGAAAACGGCCGUUGCAAAGGAAGAAAAAGGAGUAG